AGUCAAAUAAUUCAAAAAAUUAUUUAUAAUGAAAAUGGGCAUAUAUUGUUUGCAGGGAAACAAAAUAAGGUAACACCUCAAUGAGUUUCUAGAGGCCAGUGGACAAUAUAUUGGUGUUGAAGUGACUAAAGAUGGCUUUUAAGCCGUUGGAUUGGUAUUGCCAGCCAGUAAAGAAUGGGGUGUGGUCAAAGGCGGUGGAGAAUGCAUUCGGAGCAUAUACCCCAUGUGCAACUGACUCUCUGGUCAUCUCUGUAUCUCAACUUGUUGUUUUGGUACUGUGCUUAUAUAGGAUAUGGAAGAUGAAGAAUGAUUCCACAGUACGGAGAUUUUGUUUAAGGUCCAACUGUUAUAACUCUGUGUUGGGUUUGCUGGCUGCUUAUUGCACUAUUGAACCUUUGUAUCGACUUGCAAUGGGAUUAUCAGUGUUGAAUGUUGAUGGACAGACUAGUAUUGCUCCAUAUGAGAAAAUAUCACUGAUCAUUGAGUCUCUCACAUGGUGCUGUAUGCUAGUGAUGAUUGGCCUUGAAACAAAAGUUUACAUCUAUGAACUUCGCUGGUUUGUUAGAUUUGGAGUAAUUUAUGCUUUGGUAGGGGAUGCAGUGAUGUUCAACCUCGUAUUAUCUGUCAAGGAAUUCUACAAUGGGUCUAUAAUGUAUUUGCUCAUAAGUGAAGUUGCAGCCCAGGCAUUAUUUGGUCUGCUCCUCCUUUUUUAUGUUCCUCAAUUGGACCCUUAUUCAGGGAAUCCAGGCUACUCCCUGCUUCAAUCUGAAUUUGUUGACAACAUGGCAUAUGAAAAACUCCCUGAAGCAGAGGAAAUUUGUCCAGAAAGGCAUGCCAGCAUACUGUACAGAGUUACUUUUGCAUGGAUGAACCCUCUUAUGCAACUUGGUUACAAGAGACCUCUCACAGAAAAGGAUGUAUGGAAACUGGAUACUUGGGACAGGACAGAAACACUCAAUAGUGUGUUUCAAAAGUGUUGGGCUGAGGAGUGUCAAGGGCUACGUCCAUGGCUUUUGAGAGCACUAAAUAGCAGCCUUGGGGGAAGAUUUUGGUGGGGAGGCUUCUGGAAGAUUGGAAAUGAUGUCUCCCAGUUUAUUGGACCUCUUAUACUGAACCAUCUAUUACAGUCUAUGCAAGAAGGAGGUCCAGCAUGGAUUGGCUACCUCUAUGCAUUUGGAAUUUUUCUUGGAGUGGUAUUUGGCGUUCUGUGUGAGGCCCAGUACUUCCAAAAUGUCAUGCGUGUUGGAUAUCGCUUGAGAUCAACUCUGGUAGCUGCAGUUUUCCGCAAGUCCUUGAGGCUAACACACGAGAGCCGGAAGAGAUUUGCAACUGGAAAAAUUACCAACUUAAUGACAACUGAUGCAGAGUCCCUGCAGCAAAUAUGCCAAUCACUGCACACUUUGUGGUCUGCUCCUUUUCGCAUUGUUAUUGCAAUGGUUCUUCUGUACCAACAGUUGGGAGUUGCAUCUCUACUUGGUGCAUUUAUGCUUGUCUUAAUGUUCCCUAUUCAGACUUUAGUAAUAAGCAGAAUGCAGAAAUUGACAAAAGAGGGACUGCAGCGCACUGACAAGAGAAUUGGACUGAUGAAUGAAAUACUGGCUGCUAUGGACACAGUAAAAUGCUAUGCAUGGGAAGAUAGUUUCCAAUCAAAGGUUCAGGGGGUUCGAAAUGAGGAGUUAAGCUGGUUUCGCAAGGCGCAAAUGCUUGGAGCAUUGAACAGUUUCAUACUGAACAGCAUUCCAGUUUUUGUUAUUGUCGUCUCGUUCUGGGUGUUCACUUUACUUGGUGGGGACCUAACACCUGCAAGGGCAUUUACUUCUCUAUCCUUGUUUGCAGUGCUACGCUUUCCGCUCUUCAUGCUUCCUAACAUUAUAACACAGGUAGUUAAUGCAAAUGUAUCUUUGAAACGUCUUGAGGAACUUCUUUUAGCUGAAGAGAGAGUACUUCUGCCCAACCCACCUCUUGAUCCAUGUUUUCCAGCCAUUUCAAUCCGGAAUGGUAGCUUUUCGUGGGAAUCAAAGGGAGAGAAACCAACUUUAUCAAAUAUCAAUUUGGAUAUUCCAAUUGGUAGCUUAGUAGCAAUUGUAGGUGGUACUGGAGAAGGAAAAACAUCACUCAUCUCGGCAAUGCUUGGGGAAAUUCCUGCUGUUACGGAUUCAAGUGUUGUUAUCAGAGGAACUGUUGCUUAUGUGCCACAAAUCUCAUGGAUUUUCAAUGCAACAGUGCGUGACAACAUACUAUUUGGUUCUCAAUUUUCGCCUUCAAGGUAUGCUAAUGUGAUCGAUGUGACUGCAUUACAACAUGACCUUGAGCUUCUCCCUGGUGGUGAUCUUACUGAAAUUGGGGAAAGGGGAGUCAACAUUAGUGGAGGGCAGAAGCAAAGAGUUUCUAUGGCUAGAGCUGUUUAUUCUGACUCUGAGGUUUACAUAUUCGAUGACCCCUUAAGUGCACUAGAUGCUGACGUGGGCCGCCAGGUUUUUGAGAAGUGCAUUCGAGGAGAAUUAAGAGGAAAGACCAGAGUUUUGGUCACAAACCAGCUGCAUUUUCUUUCACAGGUUGACAAAAUUGUAUUGGUGCAAGAUGGUAUGGUGAAAGAGGAAGGAACCUUUGAAUAUCUCUCAAAUAACGGUGACCUAUUCCAAAAACUGAUGGAAAAUGCUGGAAAGAUGGAGGAAUAUGCAGAUGAAAAGGAAAUUGUGAACGUUGACGAGAAAACCUUAAAUCCUGCUGCUAAUGGUGAGAUCAAUUCCAGAGAUGCAGAGAAGAAAAAGGACCGAAAAGAAGGCAAAUCUGUUCUUAUUAAACAGGAAGAACGGGAAACAGGUGUUGUCAGUUGGAAAGUUUUGAACAGGUAUAAGGAUGCUCUAGGAGGUGCAUGGGUAGUUAUGAUCCUGUUGAUGUGCUACGUCUCAACUGAGUCUCUUCGAAUUGGAAGCAGUACAUGGUUAAGCUUUUGGACUGAUGAAAGCAGCUCAAUGAGAUAUAGUGCCACUUUCUACAAUAUGAUCUAUGCAGUUCUAUCAUUUGGUCAAGUGUUGGUAACACUUACCAAUUCAUUUUGGCUGAUCACAUCAAGCCUUUAUGCGGCUAGAAGGUUACAUUCUGCCAUGUUGAACUCUAUUUUAAGAGCUCCAAUGGUCUUCUUUCAUACGAAUCCACUUGGGAGGAUUAUCAAUAGGUUUGCUAAGGACCUAGGGGACAUAGACCGGAAUGUGGCACCAUUUGUGAAUAUGUUCAUGAACCAAGUUUCCCAACUUAUUUCAACAUUUGUGCUAAUUGGUAUAGUUAGUACAAUGUCUUUAUGGGCCAUAAUGCCACUCCUGGUCUUAUUUUAUGGUGCUUACCUUUACUAUCAGAGCACUGCCCGUGAGGUAAAACGCUUGGAUUCCAUUUCCAGAUCUCCUGUAUAUGCACAAUUUGGAGAAGCACUGAAUGGUCUACCAACUAUACGUGCUUAUAAGGCUUAUGAUCGCAUGGCUAACAUUAACGGGAAAUCCAUGGAUAACAACAUUAGAUUCACUCUUGUAAACAUGAGUGGAAACCGUUGGCUUGCAAUUCGUCUGGAGACUUUGGGGGGGCUUAUGAUUUGGCUCACAGCAACAUUUGCUGUGAUGCAGAAUGGCAGAGCAGAGAAUCAAAUGGCUUUUGCCUCUACUAUGGGUUUGCUUCUCAGUUAUGCAUUGAACAUUACAAGCUUACUAACUGGUGUUCUAAGACUGGCUAGUAUGGCUGAGAAUAGUUUGAAUGCUGUAGAGAGAGUUGGAACAUAUAUAGAAUUGCCUUCUGAAGCACCUCCAAUUAUUGAGGGCAAUCGCCCUCCGCCGGGAUGGCCCUCAGCUGGAUCCAUUAGAUUUGAAAAUGUUGUCUUACGUUAUAGACCUGAACUUCCUCCCGUUCUGCAUGGUAUAUCAUUCACUAUUCGACCAAGUGACAAGGUUGGGGUAGUAGGGAGAACAGGAGCAGGGAAAUCCAGCAUGUUUAAUGCUUUAUUCAGACUUGUGGAACUGGAAAGAGGAAGGAUCAUUAUUGAUGAUUGUGAUGUUUCAAAGUUAGGAUUGAUGGACCUCCGUAAGGUUCUUGGUAUAAUACCACAAUCACCUGUUUUGUUCUCAGGUAGCGUUAGAUUCAACCUUGAUCCUUUCAAUGAGCACAAUGAUGCUGAUUUGUGGGAGGCUUUAGAGAGGGCACAUCUCAAGGAAGUGAUCAGGAGAAGCUCUUUGGGUCUGGACACUGAGGUGUCGGAGGCAGGAGAAAAUUUCAGUGUUGGACAAAGGCAACUAUUAAGUCUUGCCCGAGCAUUGCUUCGUAGAUCAAAGAUCCUAGUCCUUGAUGAAGCAACUGCUGCUGUUGAUGUCAGAACGGAUGCACUUAUACAGAAAACCAUAAGAGAAGAAUUUAAGUCUUGCACAAUGCUCAUUAUUGCUCACCGUUUGAAUACUAUCAUUGACUGUGAUAGAAUUCUUCUGCUUCACUCUGGUCAGGUUUUGGAGUAUGGUACACCAAAGGUGUUGUUACAAGACAAAGAAAGUGCAUUUUCUCGGAUGGUUCAGAGCACAGGGGGGGCUAAUGCUCAGUAUUUACGAAGCUUAGUACUUGGUGAGAAAGAUGAUAUGAAAGCCGGUGAGGAAAAACUGUUAGAUGGGCAAAGGAGAUGGUUAGCCUCCACCCGCUGGGUUGCUGCCACCCAGUUUGCACUGGCUGUUAACCUAACUUCAUCACAGAAUGACCUUUUGCAUUUGGAAAUCGAAGAUGACGAUAAUAUUGUCAAGAGAACCAAGGAUGCCGUAAUCACUUUACAGGGGGUGUUAGAGGGGAAGCAUGACACAGCAAUUGAAGAGACUCUGGAGCACUACCAUUUAUCUGGAGAUAGAUGGUGGUCUUCUUUGUACCGAAUGAUUGAAGGUCUUGCGAUGAUGAGUAGACUGGCUCGGAACAAAUUGCAUCAUGGAGAAAUUGGUUUCGAGGGAAACUCAAUCAACUGGGAUGAUGCUCAUAUGUAGUAGUACUAGUUGUUGUUGUUGUAACUCAUUGAACUCUGAAAUUGCACUCUUCCACAACAACAAACAGAGUAUAAUCCAUGGCGGAGUCAAGAUGUACGCGACAUUAUUCUUGUUAAAACACAUGUUCGACCAUUGAUGCAUUGUUGGAUAUGCAUAAAUAGUCCUCGUGGUCUUUCAUUAGUGAAUAAAUACUCCUCGAACUUUCAAUGGUUUUGAAAUAGUCUUUUGGUUAAAGAACGUCGCAUAAUUAGUCACUAAAUAAAACGCAAAGAACGCAAAUACGUGUGUAUCAUGCAAAGAUGUAAUGUAACAAUAAAAAAAUAAUUGGGUU